AUGGCCAAGAUUAACACCCAGAUCUCUCACCCUGCGGUAAGGACCACAGACAGAGAGCUUGACCACGUGGAAAACGGCCUCAGCAGGGUCCACUCGCCAAGUGAGGAGACUUCGUCAGAACUGCAGCAGGAGAUCGCCAUGGAGACCAGAGGACUGGCAGAGUCCAGGCGAAGCUCCUACACCAGCCAGGGGCCCGCUAGGAUGUCUCGCCUGAUCAUAUCACUGCGAGCCUGGACUACCAGGCACUUACACCAUGAGGCCCAGAGAACAGACUCCUUCCUGGAGCGUUUCCAUGGAGCUGAGCUCAAGGAGGUGUCCAGCCGAGAAAGCAAUGCCCAGUCAAAUGUGGGCGGCCAGGAGCCACCAGACAGAGGAAGAAGUGGCUGGCCCCUGGCCAGAAACCACACCAACACCUGCAACAACUCAGAGGAGUGAAAGAAGAGUGGAAACAAGGACAGCGUGGUGGUGGACCCCUCCGGCAACAUGUACUACCGCUGGUUGACUAUCAUUGCCCUGCCUGUCUUCUAUAACUGGUGUCUUCUGGUGUGCAGGGCCUGUUUCGAUGAGCUGCAGUCCGAGCACGUGAUGCUGUGGCUGGUCCUGGACUACUCGGCAGAUGUCCUCUAUGGCUUGGAUGUGCUGGUGCGAGCCCGGACAGGCUUCCUUGAGCAAGGCUUGAUGGUCAGGGAUGCCCAGAGGCUUUGGAAGAAUUACACAAAGACCGUGCACUUCAAGCUGGACAUGUUGUCCCUGGUCCCCACAGACCUGGCUUAUUUUAAGUUCGGUAUAAACUACCCAGAACUGAGGUUCAACCGCCUAUUGAGGUUUGCCCGGCUCUUUGAGUUCUUCGACCGCACAGAGACAAGGACCAACUACCCCAAUUUGUUCAGGAUCGGGAACUUGGUCUUGUACAUCCUCAUUAUCAUCCACUGGAAUGCCUGCAUCUACUUUGCCAUUUCCAAGUUCAUUGGUUUUGGGACAGAUUCCUGGGUCUAUCCAAACAUCUCAAACCCAGAGUAUGGACGCCUUUCCAGGAAGUACAUUUACAGUUUCUAUUGGUCCACCUUGACCCUGACCACCAUCGGGGAGACCCCACCCCCUGUGAAAGAUGAGGAGUAUCUGUUUGUGGUCAUAGACUUCCUAGUGGGCGUCCUGAUUUUUGCCACCAUUGUUGGCAAUGUGGGCUCCAUGAUCUCGAACAUGAAUGCUUCACGGGCCGAGUUCCAGGCCAAGAUUGACUCUAUUAAGCAGUACAUGCAAUUCCGCAAGGUGACCAAGGACUUGGAGACACGGGUGAUCCGGUGGUUUGAUUACCUGUGGGCCAACAAGAAGACGGUGGAUGAGAAGGAGGUGCUCAAGAAUCUCCCAGACAAACUGAAGGCCGAGAUCGCCAUCAAUGUGCACCUGGACACUCUGAAGAAGGUCCGCAUCUUCCAAGACUGUGAGGCAGGACUGCUGGUAGAGCUUGUGCUCAAGCUGCGGCCUGCAGUGUUCAGCCCAGGCGAUUACAUCUGCAAGAAGGGGGACAUCGGGAGGGAGAUGUACAUCAUCAAAGAGGGCAAGCUGGCUGUGGUGGCUGAUGAUGGGAUCACCCAGUUCGUGGUCCUGAGUGAUGGGGGUUACUUUGGGGAGAUCAGCAUCUUAAACAUCAAGGGGAGCAAGUCAGGGAACCGCAGGACAGCCAACAUCAGGAGCAUCGGCUACUCAGACCUGUUCUGCCUUUCCAAGGAUGAUCUGAUGGAGGCUCUCACCGAAUACCCGGAAGCCAAGAAGGCCCUGGAGGAGAAGGGACGGCAGAUCCUGUUGAAGGACAACCUGAUUGAUGAGGACCUGGCCAAGGCUGGAGCAGACCCCAAGGAUAUCGAGGAGAAAGUGGAGCACCUGGAAUCCUCCCUGGACACCCUGCAGACCAGGUUUGCACGGCUCCUGGCUGAGUAUAACGCCACCCAGAUGAAAGUGAAGCAGCGUCUCAGUCACCUGGAAAGCCAGGUGAAGAUCUGUGGGAGUGACCCUCUGUCUGACGGGGGUGCUCCUGGGGAGGCUGAGAAAACAGAGACCAAACAAGAGUGA